UAAUGAAUAAAAAAAAAUAAUUUGACAGAAAAAAUUAAGCAUACACAAUAUUAGGCUUUUCUAUUUUUUUUUUUAAAUUCUAUUUGACAUAAUAAUAAAAAAAAUAAUAUUACACAAUAUUGUGUAUGUGUAUUGUGUACCAACUGUUUAUAUCAGGGUCACAAGGCUCUAGAGUAUUUGACAAGUAAAAUAACAGUGAUCAAAAUUAAAUUAAAAAACAACAAAUAAGUUAAAAAAUUCAAAAAGAAGUCAUAAAACAACAAUUAAAUAAAUCAUUGUUGUUUUAUUUGUUAAUGUCAAAAUGCAUCAAUUAGAAUUGUGUCAAAUACAGUGUCAUAUCAUAACCCUGAUUUGACAUAUGAUCCAUCUUUGUUUACAUUUCCAUAAAAAGAAAAUAAAUAAACAAAAAAAAAAGAAAAUUAUAUUAUUAUUUAAAUAAAGUUUAACAAAGUGAUAGCAAAUCAUUCCUAAAUAAUAGAUAAAAAAAAAUAUAAAUAAAUGUUAAAUUAUUGUAAAUGAAUGAGUUGAUAUAAAAAAAAAAUAUUUAAAGAUGAAUAUUUAAUGCUAGUCUAGAGUACAAAAAAUCAAUAUAAAAAAUUAAAUAAUAAAACAAGUAUUAUUAAUUAUAUUUUGUUAAAUAAUAAUCAUGAAUAUCGAAGAAAAUCGAUUAAGAACAUUUACAGAAUGGCCAGAAAAUGCUCCUGUAAAUCCAUCAAGAAUAGCAAGAGGUGGAUUUUAUUAUACUGGUAACGGAAUGAAUGUCCAAUGUUUUCUUUGUGGUACAAUAAUAUCAGAUUGGAAUUAUGGUGAUCAAGUUAUGAUAAGACACAGACAAUCACAGCCAAAUUGUCCAUUUGUAUUGAAUUCAAAUAACACAUGCAAUAUACCAUUAAUUGAUAAUACAAAUUCACCAUCAUCAUCAACAUCAACAUCUUCAACAAAUUUAUUAUCAAAUGGUGGAAUUAGUCAAACAUUAUUAAGACCAAGAAGAUCACCAGGUGUUGUACACAGUCAAAAUCCAAGAAUUGAAUUUGGUAAUUUUUCACAAAGACUCAGAUCAUUUGAUCGAUGGCCAACUACAUCAUCAGUUACACCAGAACAUCUUGCUCGUGCUGGUUUUUAUUAUCUUCAACAUGAAAAUAUGGUCGAGUGUGCAUUUUGUGGUGGUAUAUUAACAAAAUGGGAACCAGGUGAUAAUCCUGAUGAUAAACACAGAUCAAUAUUUCCAGAUUGUGAUUUUUAUUCACAUCAAGAAUCAAGUUCAGCUCUUACAACAGAAAAAGAAGAAUUACUGGGUAAUGUUAAAUUAUUAUCUAGUACAAAUUCUGAUCUUAGUAAAUUGGGUAUACAACGACAUACAGCACCAAAACAACCAAAACAUGCAACUUAUGAAGGUAGACUACGUACAUUCCAAAAAUGGCCAGAAAAUUUACGACAAACACCAGAAAUGUUGGCAAUUGCUGGAUUUUAUUAUGUUGGAUCGGGUGAUCAAGUAAGAUGUUUUCAUUGCGAUGGUGGUCUUCAUAAUUGGGAAAUUGAUGAUGAUCCAUGGACUGAGCAUGCAAGAUGGUUUAGUACAUGUCCAUUUGUUGGGAUGGUUAGAGGACAAGAAUUUAUAAAUCAUUGUAUUGAUAAUCGGCCACCUUUAGAUCCAUUAAUAUUCAUUGGUGUACCUGAAGAUGGUGAGGAUAUACCUGGCUCAGCAACAACAACAACAACAUCAGCAUCAUCACAACAACAAAUGACAAAUUCAACAAUAAGAAAUCGUGAAGUUACUGAUGCUGAUGUUGAACAAUUAUUACAUUCAGAACCUGCUUUGGCUGCAUUGCAAAUUGGUUGGACAGUGGGUAGUGUUAAAAUGGCAUUGAGACAAAGAUUAGAAACUGUGGGAAGUCCGUAUACAAAUGCAAAUCAAUUGAUGGAACAUGUUAGGCAUAUACAACUUGCCGAAGAAAGCAAUGGAAUGGAUAGCCUUACGGAAACUUCGUCAUUGGAUCUUGCAAAUUUAAUGAGCCAAGUUGUUAAUGUACAGGGGACAAGUGAUAAUCAAAAUUUUUAUGAUAAUGAUACUAGAAGAAAAGUCAAUAAUGAUGGAGAAAAAAAAGAUGAACCUGAACAUUUAAAUAAAGAUAAAAGACUUGAAAAAAAAAAUGAUAAUGGCAUGACGGAUGGUCCACUUUCAUUAGAAGAAGAAAAUAGAAGAUUAAAAGAAGCUAGACUCUGUAAAAUUUGCAUGGACAGAGAAAUAUCAGUUGCUUUUUUACCAUGUGGACAUUUAUCAACUUGUGUACAUUGUGCACCAUCACUUGCUGAUUGUCCAAUGUGUCGACAAGAAAUUCUUGCAACUGUUCGCACAUUUCUUGCUUAAUUAUAAAAAUCAUAGGAAUAGAUAAAGUUUGACAUAUUAUGUGGGUGAAAAACUGAUAUGUAUAUGUUUUUUAUCAACCGACAAAAACUCCCACCAAGUUUUUUAAAAAAUAAAUAACUGAUAAUCGUCCAUGUGGAAAUAAAGCUGACCAACUCUUUGCGGUUAUUUUCAACUUUCUGAAUCAGUCUUUUUCAACGGGUAUAUCAGCAAAUAAAAUGUUGAUGUAUCAACAUUUUAUUUUUUAUUAAAAAAUGAAUUUAUUAAUAAAAAAAUAGACUUAUUAUUGUUUAAAAUUAAUAAACAACACAUCGACAUUAU